AUGAGUUACACAACCACCGCAGUCGAGCACCUCCCAUCUAAGGAGGAAAUCAUCAAUCGAGUCUCACGACUGAGACUUGUAGGUGAUCAUGAGGACAAAGUGGAUACUAAAAAGACAGCCAGACCAGGACCAAAAUACCCACAAUACCUUCCGGUAUGGGACAAAACCAAGUUCCCAGAUUGGGAAGAAGUACCAUACACUGAUCCUGGAUCUCGAGCAACGAAGGAUAAGAAAAAUUUGUUCAUACCUGGAUCCACUCACCGACAAAUCACUCCUGCUAUAGGUGAAGAGAUUGAGGGCGUUCAAUUGUCGGAACUUAGUCCAGAAGGCUUGGACGAUCUCGCCCUGUUGGCUGCUGAGAGAGGACUAUUGGUCUUCAGAAAGCAAGAUUUCAAGGAUAUCGGUCCGGAGAAACAGCUUGAGAUCGUCCGCCAUUUUGGUAGAUUACAUAUACACCCAGUGAGUAAACAGAUGUGGGUUCUAUCAUUUUCAACACUGGCUGACACUCAAUUUGACACAGACUAUGAAGGUUACCCCGAGAUGCACGUGGUAUACAGAGAUCCUAAAGAUAGUACAAUAUCACGAUAUGUGAAGCCCAAUGAGGUUCAGAAAAUCAGCUCAGUCUCAUGGCAUGCCGAUCAUGUGGCUGAGAUUCAACCUCCAGGAAUAACCUUUUUCUUCGCCCUGGAGGCUCCACCCGCUGGUGGUGAUACGAUCUUCGCCUCCGCUACAGAAGCUUAUAAUAGACUCUCUGAGGAGUUUAAGAAGCGACUAGAAGGUCUCCAAGUGGUCCACACCAACAAAGAUAUGUUAGCCCAUUCCGAAGCUAGUGGUGGUCCCGUAAGAUUCUCGCCAAAAGAGACUUUACAUCCGUUGGUGCGAACUCAUCCUGUGACCGGAGAGAAGAUCCUUGCGAUUCACGGUGGACAUGCGACCAGGAUUUACGGAUAUAAGCAGGAAGAGUCAGACUACCUGUUCAACUUCCUUCUUGAUGUUCUAGCCAAAGGACAUGAUUUCCAGACUCGAGUGCAUUAUGAGGAAGGCACUGUUGCAGUAUGGGACAACCGAACCGUCAUCCAUUCAGCUCUUUACGAUUUCAAAGGAGACGAGCGAAGACAUGUAGUCCGAAUUGCCGCGAUGGCUGAUAAGCCCAAAUAG